ACGACGUGCCUUGACGUGAAGCCGAAGGCGGUAAUCGGGCUGAGAGGCUCCACCUCCAACAUCUUCGUGGACAACAAAGCUUACAGAGACUUCCUCUUCGAGACUUUCAAGGUUUCUUCCGCGGACAUGGAGAGCUCUGCUGUUGUCAUGACGUGUUUGUCAAAUGGGCAACCGGUAAUCGUGAUAAGGGGGAUGUCGGAUUUGGCUGGCAAGCAAUCGGGGCACAAUCCGAUUCGGACUUUCGGCAGCCUUGCUGCUCUCAACGCUGCCAACGUUGUUCUGAAGUUCAUCUCGAAGCUGAGAGGACGAUCCUUUGCUGGAUCAAUUUUGGGC